AUGGCUAACAAUAUGAAACAGACUGCAUGGGCUCGAGCAAUUCAGCAAUUUUUUCAAACGACUACUUUACAUGGGUUUAAAUAUUUGUGCUCUAAGUACUAUGCUGAUCGUAUUGGGUGGUUAAUAUGUUGUUGUGCAAGUACUUGCUGCGCUGGCGUUCUUUGUGCUGUAUUAUGGGCUCGGUUUAUAGAAAUCCCGGCACUUCUUACUGUACGCGAUUUGCGUAGCCAACAAAAUGUAGUUGAAAUGCCGCUAGUUGCAGUCUGCCCUCCUGCUGAGACUGUUGCUGAUUUAUUUCAGCAAAAAUUAUUAAACAUGAGUAAAACUACAAUUUUUCACGUGGAACGAAAUAAAAACCUUGACAUCGCAGUUCAGUGUUCAGAUCAACAGACAUUAGAGGGAUGUGAGUUCUUUACAAAAUUUAAUGGCGAAGAAUGGAUAACACCUAUUUCACUAAGUCCUAAUUAUAACUACAUAGCUCAGAUAACUUUUACUUCUGUCGUAGACAGUGAUCCUGAAAAACUCGUGGACUUAACUUGUAGCAAUACUGAUGGGUAUUCUAAAGAUCAAUGCAUGUUACAGUGUCAAGAGAGAUUAUGUGGAUGUUCAGAUCCUUUACGUAUAAAAAAGAGAAAUGAAUAUAAUGUUCUCGCCCCUUGUUUGAUUACGCAAUUAAACUGUUUAAGGGAUUUUAGUUUCGAAAAUCUAACAUGUAAAUGCUUACCAUCUUGUAAAAAAGUUUCUACGCUCUUAUCUUUGCAAUCGAGUCCCAUGAAUGCCAUAGAAUACAGUUUUGAUGAAAUAUACGCUGGCAUAAAUCCAAAUAAAACCACUGUGCUUCACAUAUCAGUGGGAAUAAGUGGUUCUAGAUCUUUUUUAGUUAAUCCGACUGAUACAUGGAUUACUCUUUUGUCGUCUUUAGGUGGCGUAUUUAAUAUGUUUCUUGGCUUUGGACUAUUUAGUGCACUAGAAGUUUUGUUUCUAAUCUUUGUGCGAUUACCGAUUGCAAUACGUAGGUCCACUGAAAUGGAAAGUCCGUCGGCAGUGACAAAUUAG